CCGAGCCGCACUCGGGUCCCCGCGGGCGCGGCAGGGCAGACAGGUGCAGCGGGGCCGAGUGGUGCGACGCGCUGCGAGCUGCGCUCCCGGCCGCAGCAUGGGCAACCGCGCGGGCCGCACCGACUUCGAGUGGGUCUACACCGACCAGCCGCACACGCAGCGCCGCAAAGAGAUGCUCGCCAAGUACCCGGCCAUCAAGGCCCUGAUGCGGCCGGACCCCCGCCUCAAGUGGACGGUGCUGGGGCUGGUACUGGUGCAGCUGUUGGCCUGCCGCCUGGUGCGGGGCCUGGCGUGGCGCUGGCUGUUCUUCUGGGCCUACGCCUUUGGCGGCUGCGUGAACCACUCGCUGACGCUGGCCAUCCACGAUCUGUCGCACAACGCGGCCUUCGGCUCGGGCCGCGCGGCGCACAACCGCUGGCUGGCCGUCUUCGCCAACCUGCCCGUGGGCGUGCCCUACGCCGCGUCCUUCAAGAAGUACCACGUGGACCACCACCGCUACCUGGGCGGCGACGGGCUGGACGUGGACGUGCCCACGCGCCUGGAGGGCUGGCUCUUCUGCACGCCGGCCCGCAAGCUGCUGUGGCUGGCGCUGCAGCCCUUCUUCUACUCGCUGCGGCCGCUGUGUGUGCACCCCAAGGCCGUGACCCGCAUGGAGGUGCUCAACGCCCUGGUGCAGCUGGCCGCCGACGCCGCCCUCUUCGCCCUGUGGGGGCUCAAGCCCGUGGUCUACCUGCUGGCCAGCUCCCUGCUGGGGCUCGGCCUGCACCCCAUCUCCGGCCACUUCGUGGCCGAGCACUACAUGUUCCUCAAGGGCCACGAGACCUACUCCUACUACGGGCCGCUCAACUGCAUCACCUUCAACGUGGGCUACCACGUGGAGCACCACGACUUCCCCAGCAUCCCGGGCUGCAACCUGCCCCUGGUGCGGAAGAUCGCCCCCGAGUACUACGACCACCUGCCGCAGCACCACUCGUGGGUGAAGGUGCUCUGGGAUUUUGUGUUCGAGGACUCCCUGGGGCCCUACGCCCGGGUGAAGCGGGUGUGCAAGCUGGCUGAGGACCGUCUGUGAGACCUGCUGGCGGCCGCCGCCCCGCACCCUCGCUCCCCUGCUGAGGACCUGACUUGCCCUGCCCUCCCCCCCCCCCAAGCCUGGCGCCCAGAACUGGUUUGGCUGCAUUUGGUUCCCACGCCCUGGCUGUGCUCUGUGUCCCAGAGCCCGAGACCACGUCUGGCCACAGCGGGCACAGACUGCAGCCUGGGGAGCUCCCCACCCCCGGCCAGGCCCCCACUCUGGGCCUCAGGGAGAGCGGCCUGGCCCUGCCCUGGGUGCUCCGGGCCGUGGUCUCUCUGGGGCCGCUUUCUCGGGGGUUUCCGGGCCCCACAUUGAUUCAGUGUUGGUUUCCACACCCGCACAUGUGCGUCCCAGCAGCGGGCAAGGGCCCAGCCUGGCCUCAGAAGGGACCGGCCCGGCCCGGCCCAGCCCAGCCCAGCAGGCCACCUUCCCCACCAGCCCAGGUUACAGUCCCUCUGUUCCCCCCACUCUGUGUGCUUAGGCAACAUCCUUGGUGGGGGUGGGGGGUGGUCCCUUGCCGGCUGGCCCCUGCACGCCCUGGGGUGUCCGUCGUCCUCUGUGUCUUCGUAGACUUGUCAAGUGCCGGGUCCCAAGUCCCAGGGGCUCUGAAGCCCUCGUGUGCAGCUUUCCCUGCUCUCCAGCCUGAGUGCUAAGGCCGCCGUCACCUCUCAGCCAUGCCCCUGCCCCCACUCCACCGAGGUCUUGGCCUGAGGGGAGCCCUCUCUGAGCCCCCGAGGGUGGUCUCUCCCUGACCAGCUUCCCCAGAAGAGCUGGCUAGGAGCGGGUGCCGCAGGCUGGAUGGACGGAGGGUGGCCGGGUGGCCGGACAGACGGGACUGGCAGAGGGACCUGCAGCUCCGGGGGCAGUGGGCUGAUGUCCUUGGUA